AUGGCGCACAUUCUGAGAGGAUAUGGGCUGGCUCGCGAGCAGGCGCACUUCAAGCUGGAGCAGGAAGCGGAUGUGCAGCGCCACCACCAGCGGCUGGUCAAGGAAGGCAAGCUUCCCGAGGAGGAGGCCAAGCGGGCGGCGGCGGCCGCGGCGCGGGAGCAGGCUGGCCGGCCGUUUGAGCACAGCGAGCACAACUACGAGGCGAGGCACGGGAGGGCGAUGUUGGCAGAGGUGCUGCAGCAGCAGGCGCGGGUGGACGACCCGCACGCCCUGCGCCGCAAGCAGUUUGAGCGGCGCGUCAAGGGGGAGCCGCCGCCGCUGUCGGAGGUGGAGCUGCAGCGUGCCAGGGGCAAGCUGAUGGCUCUGGGGGCGGCGGUGGGGCACGUGCCGCGCAUGUCGAUGGGACGCACCCGCUGGGAACUGCCUGCCGCGGGGGCGGGGGGCGGCGACGCCGCGCUGGCGACCAUCCGCCAGCUGAGCCCCGAGGCGAGAGAGGUGGCCUCGCGCACCUAUGUGGCGGGCGUGCGAGCGCUGGUGUACGGCACCCUGCUGGGCGCGGUGGGGCUGGCGGCUGCGGGCACCUACGCAGUGCGCUCCCUGGGCAUCGCCUCUGGGGAGGAGCUGGGAGAGCGAGUGCGCGCAGGGCUGGCGCCCGUCCCCCGAGGCAUGCGCGCCUGGCUGCUGCCGCUCAAGCAGCGGGCAGAGGCGUGGCUGGGCCCGGAGGCUGCCGCGCCUGUUGUGCCGGGCAUCGGCGGCGGCGGCGGCGGGGGUGCGGAGGUGGAGGCCGGGGCGGCGGCGGCGGCAGGAGGAGGGGCGGGGCUGGCGGGCGAGGGUGGGGCUGGCGGGGGGCCCACCUCGGAGCUGUCCCGCCGCCUGCAGCAGCGCUUCAACACGCGCAGGGCUGCGGGGGAGGGAGGUGGCGGCGGCGACGCCGGCCGGGCCGUCUUCUGA